UCAUCUGUCUGGUGAAUACCUAGUUUGGAUGAAGAACGUGAUUGGAGUUUAUUGUCUCUUGUUUGGUUCACAAUUACGGUUGUGGCCGGGAAACUACGUUUUAGUGCUGGGGCAGUCCCAAUUUUGUGUCUCGCCUUGUGUCAUUCCGUAAAUUAUCAGGUUAAUUGAAAGCUUCCGUUCUCUCACCUGAUCCAACUUCGGGAUCUUCUUAAAGGGAGUGGAUUCAGCUCCGUCACUGUGAACAGAUUCGAGCAGAGUCUGAAAGCUUUUCCCGAAACCUCGGCUCUUUUUGGCGGCACUGUUUACAAGCUGGCCUGUACACAAAAUGAGCAAAUCGCAUGCAGAUGAGAAGAUUCUCAGCUACAAUGAUGUUGUGCUUCGGCAUUCAGAUCUAGACAUCCUUAGCGGUCCAUAUUUUCUUAAUGAUCGAAUUAUUGAAUUCUAUUUCAGUUAUCUCUCUUCAUGCUAUCCUUCCCAGGAUAUUCUGCUGGUUCCACCAUCUAUUGCAUUCUGGAUAAUGAAAUGCCCAGUCAUCGAGGCUCUGAAAGAUUUCUUAGAGCCCCUUCAUUUGACAGAUAAGACACUAGUUAUAUUUCCCAUCAACGACAAUGAUGAUGUCAGCCAAGCUGAAGGAGGAUCCCAUUGGAGCUUGCUAGCAUAUCACAGAAAUGCUAACCUCUUUGUUCAUCACGAUAGCACAAUAAGCAUGAAUAAAGAACCUGCUAAGCAACUGUAUAAUGCUGUGGCGGGAUAUAUAGGACUCUCCAACUCACCAUGUGAGGCCAAAUUUCUUGAAUGUCCUGAUUCACCCAAGCAAGUGAAUGGCUAUGAUUGCGGCUUAUAUGUCACAGCCAUAGCAAGAGUGAUAUGUAGUUGGCAUGUAAAUGGUGAAAAUACUGAGAGAAAUCGUCUCUGGUUUUCUGCUGUGAAGGAGCAGGUUACUCCUCCUUUUGUUGCUGCAAUGCGAAGUGAGAUAUUGGCGCUGAUCAGAGAUAUAAUGGCAAGACGGUGAAACCAGAAUAAGAAUUGUGUUCGCGCUCAAGAUAUUUCAGCCCGAGCUUCCUCUGUGAUAUGGGAUGGGAGGGAAAUAUUCAGAUUUCGUUGUUAGAUGUAAAGCCCAUAUUGCUUCAUUGUGUAACAUUGUAGUUAUUGAUUGAACUAAGAUUCUGAGGUAAUAAAACUUUUUAGCCCUCAAA